AUGAGUCUGGUCCAGGAGUUGAUUCAAAAGAUAAGCUCUUUGGAGCUCACCUUGGUGGAAAAGCUUUCCAUCCUGUUCGUAGCUCCCUUCUUGUUGAACGCGCUAUGGCAGUUUAUCUACAGUUUCAGAAAGGACAGAGUUCCUUUGGUAUUCCACUGGGUUCCAUGGGUAGGCUCAGCAGUCACAUAUGGAAUGCAACCAUAUGAAUUUUUUGCAGACUGUCAAAGAAAAUACGGAGACGUGUUUGCCUUUGUUUUGUUGGGUAAAGUUAUGACAGUGUACCUCGGACCAAAAGGCCAUGAGUUUAUUUUAAAUGCUAAACUAAACGACGUUUGUGCUGAAGAUGCCUACAAGCACCUGACCACUCCUGUAUUUGGUGAAGGUGUUAUUUACGAUUGUCCCAACUGGAAGUUGAUGGACCAGAAGAAGUUUGUUAAAGGAUCUUUAACCAAGGAGUCCUUCAGAUCUUAUGUCCCUAAGAUUAGAGAUGAAGUCCUGGAUUACAUCAAUAAUGACCCUAACUUCAUGGGAGGUGAUUCUAAAAAGAAAACUGGAAAGACCAAUGUCCUGAACUCUCAGUCCGAGCUUACGAUCUUGACCGCUUCCAGAUCUCUACUGGGAGAUGAUAUGAGAAAACUACUGACUAAGAAAUGGGCUAAACUGUUUAGUGACCUAGACAAAGGAUUUACUCCUUUAAACUUCAUUUUCUCUCAUCUUCCUCUACCAAGUUACUGGACUCGUGAUCAUGCUCAAAAGACCAUUUCUGAGACUUAUUUAUCUUUGAUUAACAAGAGAAGAGCUACAAACGACAUUGGUGACAGAGAUUUGAUCGAUUCAUUAAUGAAAUCUUCUACAUACAAAGAUGGUAGCAAGAUGACCGACGAGGAGAUUUCCCACUUGUUAAUCGGAGUUCUUAUGGGUGGCCAGCACACUUCUGCCUCCACUUCAUCGUGGUUUUUGUUGCAUCUCGGAGAGAAACCAGAGCUGCAGGAGGAAUUAUUUGAAGAACAGGAAAGGGUACUUCAAGGGCGUGAGUUGACUUAUGACGAUCUUGCUAAUAUGCCUUUACACAAUCAAGUCAUCAAGGAAACUUUGCGCAUGCACAUGCCUCUACACUCAAUCUUUAGAAAGGUCACUCGUCCUCUUCCCGUUCCUAACUCAAAGUAUGUGGUUCCUAAGGGUCAUUAUGUAUUGGUUUCACCUGGAUUUGCCAUGACCAACGAUGCGUACUUCCCAAACGCUAGUGACUUCCAGCCACACAGAUGGGAUGAAACUGUUGAACCAGUCUCAGCUGACGCAAAGGAAACUGUUGACUACGGAUUUGGUAAAGUCUCCAAAGGUGUUUCUUCUCCUUACUUACCAUUUGGAGGAGGAAGACAUAGAUGUAUUGGCGAACAUUUUGCGUACUGUCAGUUAGGAACCAUCUUGAACACAUUCGUUAGAACCUUCAAGUGGAAGGCCGUAGUCCCUCAGCCGGACUAUACCUCAAUGGUUACUCUUCCUGAACCUAAUUUGUCUACUAUUACAUGGGAAAGACGCGAUAAUUAG